AAACCUACACAAAGAAGAACAUGAGCGCAUGAGCCCGUGGGAUUGGUUAUGUUUAGGCUAAAAAUAUCAAGGCGAGCCAAUCAGGGUUGAGUCUUCCCCUACCAUCCUGCAAAAAAACUCCCAGCCCGUCUACGUUCUUUGCUGGUACGGAAGCGCUGAUAGACAACAACAAGAUGGCAUCACACCCGGGAGGAGGCGAUCAAGGCAAUACUAAAGACCAGUUACAGGAAGUAGGAGUCAUUUUGUUAACAGAUUUCAUCUUAAAGCGGGUUCAGCGUCAUGGAGACAGCAAUACUGAACUGACCAGGGCACAGCUGGGUGGAGGAGAGCUGUGCGACCCAAAACACAAGGAGCUUGCCCAGUGCCUGCAGCAGAUUGGAGAUGAGCUGGAUGGAAAUGUAGAGCUCCAGAGGAUGAUAAACAGCUCAUCCCUCCGUCCCACAAAAGACACGUUUUUGCAAGUUGCCUUUGAGAUUUUUUCAGAUGGAAAAUUCAACUGGGGCAGGGUGGUUGCACUGUUCUACUUUGCAUGUCAACUCGUCAUCAAGGCUCUUUUGACCAAAGUUCCGGAUAUCAUUAGAACAAUAAUCAACUGGACCAUGGAAUACCUCCAAGAAAAUGUGAUCAACUGGAUCAGGGAGCAAGGUGGCUGGGAGGGUAUUCGAUCCCACUUUAGCACACCCACAUGGCAGACGGUGGGAGUUUUCUUGGCCGGUGUACUCACUACUGUUCUUGUCAUUCGCAAGAUGUGAGGGGUUUGUGAAGAGAUGAUGAAGAUGAAGUAUGCCUGUGGGAAAUCGGGACUAGAACAUGAAAGAGAACAGAAGGAAGGUUAUGGCAAAGUGAACAAGUUGAACAGGAAUGAGCUUGUAUUUGGACACGAAGAGCCACUCUUUGUUUCUGCCUCCUUUUCAUUUCCAAGGAUUGGGAGUUAGACUAAACGCACUAUCGCUCCCAUGAUUCCUAUGCCACUGAGGAAGUGAGCCCAAAGUGGGCGGGGAGGUGGUGGGGGUGUCGGAAGGGUGGAGGAGAGUUUGUCAGACUUGAACAGGGAAUGCAUUUUAAGUAAUUUAUUUUUUACCCGGUACAGACAAUUGCAUAUAAACAUUUUGUUUUCUGUCCUAAAAGAUAGAUUGAUGAAACUAUUCUCUUUUCCGUUUUUCAUUAUUUUCAUUUUAGUUUUAUUUUAGUUCCACUUUGCUUUUCUGAUCUUCCCACUCUCUCUAGCCACCUGACCAUGGUGUCUGUAUGCUAGAGAAUCCAUCUUCAUAUGUAUUUAUGAGUGUUAAGUGCUGUAAAUUAUCUGCUGGCAAUUAACGUGUUGAAGGGUGUUCACAGCCCAUCAAGUUAAAGAGAUAUUUUUUCGAACAAUUAUUAGAUUUACCAGGAAAAUGAUAUAGACGAAGAGAAAUGACAACUCCCCUUGAAUGCACAGCUCAACCUUAUUUCAGUGGAUGUGCCACAACAGGGACCUGUGUACAAAGUUGUUGCAAAUUAUGGAGUCACAUUAAUCUAGCGUAACAAUAAUCACAUGCUCCUUUUGGGCAUUCCAACUUACCAACAUUAAUGUGGCUCCCAUUUGGAGAGAAAAAAAUAUCCUGCCUAUUAUUGCCUGUGCUGUGAAUAGAGCCACAUCUCACAAACUCUCAUAUCCCAUAUUGUAUGGAAGACGUUAUACUGCAGACACAGAAAGCCCUGGAUUGCUCACAGGUGCUUACCUCACUUCACACAUAUUCAAAGUACUGUAUGCUUACUUGAGAUAUUCAAAAUCUUAUCUACACAGCAAAUGGCUUUUUAUACAUUUAUUGUUUGUCAGUGCCUUGGUGUUUUUUUUACUAUGAAAUCACUUUGAUAUUCUCAAAUUUUUCACCUUUUCUAUCACAUUUGUAAAGCUGAAAUUAGUUUCCAGUCCCCCUGAAAAUAAUUUUGCUGUGGUCAUUGUCUGUUGUAAUAUGGAAAAUAAACCUUUUAAACUCUU